CUGUAAGUCAUUACGCACACCGGCAAACACAUUGGUUAUCAAUUUGGCUGUGAGCGAUCUGCUCAUGUUGAUGAAAUGUCCCAUUGCCAUUUACAAUAACUUCAAACAGGGCCCGGCGCUGGGUGAUGCUGGUUGCCGCAUUUACGGCUUUAUCGGCGGCCUUAGUGGCACCGCAUCGAUAGGAACCCUAACUGCCAUAGCACUCGAUCGCUACAAUGUGGUCGUACAUCCACUCGACCCGCUACGCAAGACAGCCAAAGUGCGAUCCGCGUACCUAAUCACAAUGAUUUGGAUCUACAGUUUUGCCUUCUCCAUUGUGCCGGCGCUGGAUAUUGGCCUCUCCGUUUAUGUACCCGAAGGUUUCCUAACCACCUGCAGUUUCGAUUACCUGGACAAGGGAUUGGGGCCGCGCAUUUUCAUGUUUGCAUUCUUCGUUGCCGCCUGGUGUGUGCCCUUUAGCAUUAUCUGCUUCUCGUAUUUCUACAUCUUGAAAGUGGUCUUUGCCGCCAAUCGCAUACAAUCCAGCAAAGAGAAGAAUAAAACUGAACAGAAAUUAGCAUUGAUUGUGGUGGGCAUUAUCGGUUUGUGGUUUCUGGCUUGGACGCCCUACUCCGUCGUCGCUAUGUUGGGCGUUUUCGGGAAGGAGAAAUAUAUCACGCCACUGGGCUCAAUGAUACCGGCGCUCUUUUGUAAAACAGCCGCCUGCAUUGAUCCCUACUUCUAUGCGGCGACACAUCCACGUUUUCGCAUGGAAUUUCGUCGUCUAUGGUUGGGGCGUGGCCAUUUGCGGCGUACCUCUACGACGCGUUCAUCAUAUCUAACACGCUCGUCAACGCGACGUUUGCGUGUUAUUAGCGAUGUGGAUAUGCGCAAUCGCAGCAAUGAAAACGCGAAAAAGCAAAAUAAUUUACAAGCACUGCAAGAAGUGACGGAAGAAAACGAUGAAGAUUAUGAUUUUUCGAUACAGGGAAAUUUUAGUGAUGCCAUCGAACAGAGUCGCUUCUAAUAAAUCGAGAUUAUUGUGUAAAUAACGUUGUUGUUGUAGUUGUAGAAAUCUAUAGUUAGGGGUUACCCUUAAACUCUUUAAGUCUUAAACUAUGUAAAACUCGAAAGGUUACGGGGCUGU